UGGCAUUGUAGUCGAGUUCACCGUUGCUGACAAGACCGCUCACCUAACUUUCCCUCAUAACGUUGUCAUGAAAAAGACGUAAGUACCUGGGAUUCAGUAUUCUUGCUUUGCAUGUGUCACGCUGUUUCAGCAUGUAUUUUAAAUGCGAUCUUCUUUUGGAUUUCGAUCACGUCACACAAUUUUAAGUUAUUGAUUCCCGUCAAAAUCAUUUGAAUGUUGUAGGUUAUUCGCAAGGCACAAAGGCAAUCAAAACUAAAGGACAAUUGUAAUGUUUAGCUGAGUAAGCAAAAUGGAUAAAUCUUUCCUAAUUUUCUGAGCGUUAUUAUUUACCUUAAGAAUGUGCUUCGCCUAGCACUUUCGAUCAAUGACGUUUGUUUACUUUACCCAAUUUAGGCCUGGUUAAACACGGGAUUAAGUAAGCCGACCCUUCAGCUCAAUUGGUGGCGUUUUCUUUAAAUUUUACCUUUGCAGAUCUGAGAGACCAAAGAAUGUACAUUCUGAGCCUCUAUUUAAUGUGUUCAUUCCAAUUUCUCUCCAUUAAAAAUGUGAGUAAACCGUUAUUCUUUAGGAAUUUUCAAAAAAUUUAAAUGAAUAUAUUUACGAAGUGACAGUUGCCGCCCGUCUCGGUCAAAUUCCACGAAAUUCUUAGAGAUAACCCCAUUGCAUUACAAUGACCUUUACAAACUACAUUGGAUCAUUUCCUAGAAAGCAUUGCCAGUGAUAAAAGACACAGCUACGUGAUUAUUUACCAGACUAAACGGCACAGAAGUGGACCGUUGAAAGCAGGGUAAAGAAUAGAGCAGCUUUGCUCCUAAAGGCUUAUCAACAAAGACAGAUCUACAGAUAUCCUGACAUCUCCACCUGAUUGGCGAGCUUAGAAAGAUUUCGAUGUUCCUCACACUGAGGUUUAGGCACCAAUCUUUCCUUAACAGCUUCUAAAUUAAAUUAUAGAGGGUCUUAUAAUACAUGAUAAUAAACAUCAAUUUUCUUUUUAUCAGGUUCAUACCGUCUGUAACUAUGACGAAUUUGAAGUCGAAGAUGUGUUCAAACACGUUUCUUGUCAAAAAUGUCUAUCUUGUCCUCCUGGAAUGGGUCUAACACCACAAUGUGGCAGUUUUGUUAGUUAUGGUGAAAAAGUUAAUUGUGAGCCAUGUGAACCUGGAAAAUCUUACUCUCCAUAUAAUGAUAGCAGUUCAUGCCUGUCAUGUGGAAUCUGCUCUGACCAUGAAAGCAUCAAGAGGAACUGUUCCUUGACGAAUAAUUCACAGUGUGAACAUGGCUGUGGCAAAGGGUUUUACUUUGAAGAACUCACUGGAGAUUGUAAGCCUUGUUCCUUCUGCUUUUCAUAUCUUCCCAAUUGUAACAUAAAAAAUAGUGUGAAAGAAGGUUGCAAGGACAUGCCAUUUUACAGACAAUGCGAUGCCAAUGCGAUUGGCUGUCAAUUACCAAAAUGUAGAGAAGAUCAAUCCCUUGUUGUAACCCAAGAAAAAGACAGUGCAUACUGUGUGGAUUGUAAAAUCUGCCCGGCGGGAACAUCACCCUUUCCACCAUGUGGAAAUGGAAUUAUAAUAAAAAGCAUUGAUGAUAUAAAAUGUAUUAAGUGCUCUCGUGGCAACACGUUUUCUGACAAGCCAACUAAGCAAACUUGUAAGAAAUGCUCCAUUUGUGCAGUUGGACAGAGAGAACUGACACCCUGCAAUCUGACACAUGAUAGGAUUUGUGGUAAAUGUGACAAAGGAUUCUAUGGCAGUAAAGACACAGGAUGUAAACCAUGUUCUGCUUGCUGUAAUGAUAAAUACGAUGUGCGCAUUCCUGAAUGUCGAAAUAUAGCAAAAAACAAACAGUGCGGCUAUACAGAGCGAUCCAUAACUGUGUGUCAGGAACAAAACAGCUCUAAGAAAACUUCUACAAAGAAAUCCUCUAUCAUUAUAAUAGUUUUGACUGUGACGACAGCACUACUAUUUGUUGUAAUCUUAAGACUGGUGAUUAUAAAGCGCAUCAAAUACUGCAGAAAAAAUAGGCGUCAAAGAACGGACUCAUGUACUGCGUUGCUGCCAUCUGCAGACGAAGGUAAAGUUUUAAUCAUUACCUCAUAUUGGGAUUCAGUGAUAUCGAUUUGAAUUGAAAUGGCCAAUUGAUAAACAGCGAUGAAAAAGGAUUAAAAAAAGAUCCACCAAGGACCUUUCAUCACAAAAACAGAAAGCUGAAGACUUCAAGAUUAACCCCUGGGUACUAUGAACUUAAGAAUCAUUUUUUUUUUAAUAAUUCGCCCACCAAAAAAAGGAAAUGCAAGAUUGUAUACAAUCAUAAGAACACCAUGAUAACUACUACCAAAUUUAAAACCUAUCCUCUUCCUUUCUUUAGCACCACGGAGUGAAUUGAUAACACUGGAAGAUCCAACACCACAUGGAUCACAACAGACAUUACAUUUUGAUAAAUCAGGUAUCUUGAUCCAAUUCAAUGAUGCAAAUUGUUUCUCCAGUGAUUGCCGAGGAAUACAACUAAAGAUAUGUUGGGAUGAAAAUUCUAUACCUCUUCAGCCUGGUGAAGUACAGCUUAGCCCUGUGAUAAAAUUUCAGCCUUAUGGGAAGCAACUAUCCAAACCAGUGCAAGUCAGAAUACCUCAUAGUGCUUUGGUGUAUUUAAGCAAUGGCUGGGACAUCAAGCCGAAAAGCUCUGUACCACACAAAGGCUCAAUUGUAUGGAAGGGGGAAAACAAAUUCCAAGUCCACAAUAAUGAAGUCAGCUUUCAGGUUGAUAAUCUUACCUCCUAUGUUAUCAUCGGUACGUCACUUGAUAACGGCAAACCAACAAAGAAGCGCUUUCAAGGCGCUGUUUUUGGUGGAGUGGGCACAGUUGGUGUGGACUACACAGCAUACUUAUAUAUCUUUGAUGACAGUGAGUCAUCAUUUGAGGUAUCUAGAUAACAAUAGUUUUUAUAAACUGAGAACGUUAGAAUUCCCUAGCCUUUCCUCCUCUAACCCUCAAUGAGUGGCUCUGACUAGCCUCCACUGGGUACACAAGUAUAUUAAUUUUCAGAAAACAACGAUAAACGCUCUUUCAUCAGGAAGUGGCGAACAAAAACAGCUUGAUAAAAAUCUUUUUUUUUUAAUUGCAAUAGGUAUCAAAGUGAGAUGUGGAAACAUUCCAAGGAAACAUGCAUUCACAUUGACAUUGAAUCUUAAGAUAGGGUUAAAGAUAUACUUCUUUUAAUUAAAUGAUUUGUUUUGGAAAUCUUCCAGAAAAUCAUGCAAGAAGAGAAAUCAACCGGUAGAACCCUGCUUGGUUCCCCUCAGUCCUUUUAUGUCGAGACUAUGAUUGAUACUAAAGUAAAGAUCUCAGUCAAAGAACCAAUGGAAGGAUGGAUUGUUGGAGAGAUAAAACCAGAGGUAGUUCUCAGUAGUGUAGUGUAUUAAUCAACCCUUGUCAUAACAAAUACGUUAUUAAUAAGGCAUAAAUGUAGCUGCACUAGUGAGUUGUAAUUUGUUGCAUGUAAGCUUUCUAUGUUCAAACAUUCAAUUCCCCUUGAUUCACUUCUCUUGUCACAGGCUAAAGUGUACUAAUAAAAAAUGGGUCUAAAAAAAGUUUUAAAAUUGUUUAGAAAAUAAUAAUUUUGAAAACUUUUUCAAUUAUUUUCAGCAAAAGUAAUGGCAAAUGGAAUGAUAUUAAAUUCACUGAAAAUACCAAACAAUGAUAUUGAUGAUAUUAUUAAUAGUAAUAGUGAUACUACACUCUGCAUUGAGUCAAACAAACCUGGUUAUAUGAGAAGGUGAGCUCACUUUGUUGAUUUGUCCAGUUUACCACAAAGAAAUGGAUCAAGAUAUCUUGAACCAUGCCUCCCAUUAGUUCAUUAGUGAGUUCUAUUCUGCAUUAUCAGUUAUUUGAAUAAUUAUUGAUUUUGGUUGGGGAACUGUGUCAGUUCACAAAGAGAUUAGAAGUCCUUUUUGGUUGUUAAUCAAUCUGAUGUAAUAUUCAUAUGGUAUCUGACUUGUAGGCUUUACUUUAAUCACACAGUUCAUUACACAAACAAGUUUGAAGGAUUCUUAUCAAGCAAUACCUAGAACAAUAGUAAAGUUUAAACAUGACAAUGGCCGUAACAGAGACUUCCUUUGUGUGUUUGAACUAACUGCAGAAGAUACCACAACAUCGAUUUGUGCUGUUGCCACAAUUAGAGAGGUAAGUGCUUUUUUCAUCAAUCUAAAUUAAUGCAACUAAAUAAUAAUUUGGUUAAAAAUUAAUUAAAUGUAAUUGUGAUGAAUGGAUUUAUUAGCCAGCAUGAUAUUUUUAUCAUACAGUUGUAUGCAAUGACAUUUGUGGCAAUUGGUUUUGAAAUUCUGAAAAUCUUGAAGUCUGAUGUCCUAGACUUUAUAUUCAAAGGCUUAAGAUAUAGUCAUGAAAACAAAAAGAAGACUGAGAUAUGUGAUACAUGUAUAAUGGACUGAACACAUUGCUCAAUUACACUAUUUUCAUUUUUGUUUCCUCCUUGGCAGGAUCCAUCUGGGAAGUUUCAAGAGCACCAACCAGGAUUUGGUAAUGGCAGUCAUCAAUUUGUGACUGGGAGAAACUUGUGUGGUAAGAACACAAUUGUUUUGACUUUUUUUUUCCAGGAUUGAGUUAUUGGUACUCAAAAUCACUAUUUAGCUACCUUAGGAUCCCAGAGAUAAUUAUUUCACUUCUGCUUGGUCAAAAAAAUGAAAUUUGGAAAUGCAGUUUUGUUUUAUUAAAACUGAGUACAGUGUAUCUCUGGACUACAGAGGAUACAUUUUAUCUUCAGUAGCCACAAUGUAGCUCUGUUACAGUUUUGAUUUAUCAUCUAAUCAAAGGAAACCUGUAUGAAGUGGUUUAUAAUAGGUAUAUUCAUUUUCACAUACACCCUUGUCAAUAUAGACCAGUCUUAUCAAGCUCCCUUUUUUCAUAAUUUCCAUUGUAAUUACUAGGUUAUACCUUCUAUAGUAGAGGCCUCCAUGCUCAAGAGGUAAAAACAUGUUCAAGAGAGAUUUAUUUUUGAAAAAAAAUUGUUGUAGAAAGAUGUAAAAAGCAAAAUUGGCUUAGUCUGAAUAUUGGUUAAUUAGGUACAUGUGGUUUUUAAUGUUGUUGAGAAACUGGUCUUGAGAAACUGGUCUUCCUGUAGGAAGAGAUAAACUAGCUGCAAGAGAAAAUAAUUGAAAGACAGAGACUCUAAUAGAAUCAAAACUCAAAUUCAACAAAAUCUAACACCAGUAUCAGUUAGUAUACAGAUGGUCAUUCUGCUGUGGACCAAGAAAGAACUCUUCCUUUCCACAACAAGAAUAGCCAAUUGAGCCAAUUAAGCCUAGUCUUUGACAAUUUACAAUACUCUACCAAGGUUCUAAAAUUUGGAAUUCUCUCCAAAUAUCAAUCAUUAGUUUGACUUGCUUUUUUAUUUUUAAAAGAAAAAUGAUAAAUUUUUAAAGUGAAAUGAGUGCAAAUUGGCUAGCCACACAUCCACAUCCACAACCGAGGUGGCCUCACCUAUAAGCCUGGUGGUUUCUUGGAGGUUUUCUUUACUCUACCAUACUGUUAAAUCUGUAUAAGUAUUAUAUCUUUAGUGGCCAAUAAAUAAACAAAUAGAUGAUGGUGAUGAUGGUGAUGACAAAAAUGGGGGUUUCCUGUGACUAGUUACAAGUGUGAAACUUGGAGGGAAAGCUCAGUUUUUCAGUGUCUACUUAAGAUCUUAAGAAUGUACCUCAAUUUUUUUUUGUAAUUUGUGCUUUUUACAUUUUUCAAAGACAAAAUCGUUACUUGCAAUGUAACUUACCACCCAAUAAGUUGCCUUGAUUCAGCUGAUUGAUGCCUUUGUACUCUCUUAAAGAUCCACUGAUCGUCAACCCAGACAAACCAUCACCUUGUCUUAAAGAUCUUCCAAAGGAGGUACUUGAAACUCUUUGUGUGAAACUUGAUAUGCCCCUGAAAGGAGUUGGCAAUUGGAGGCAUGUUGCAACGUGCCUUGAUUUCACCGAGGAACAAAUUCAGCGUUUCCGGAAUGAAAUGUUGACUCCUGACGGAAGUCCUUGCACUGUUAUGUUGAAGUCACUAGUGAAAACGUCACCACAGUUCACUGUGGCAGAAUUUGUGCAUAUUCUACAAACAAGGAAGAUUCAGCGCUUUGAUGCGGUGGAAGUUCUGGAGCCUCAUUUACACAGCUGUUGAGAAUGACCUGCACAAGAAUCGAGAGACAUUCUCGAUUACUCACAUUGUAACGGACUUGUCGAACUUUUUGGCUUUUUGCGCCGAUUUGCUGUAUCAGAUUGAAAUCACUGUCAAAUAAACUAACAGAUUUCUAAAGCCUCUAGCAUAAACAAAGUAAUUGUCUAAAAAAUAAGCCAGUUGCACAAUUGGAAAAUGAACAGUUUUAAAAUGAACGAAAUAUUACUUUAUAAAAUAUUAAAACCGGCCUCCUUUAAAAGCCAAUUCUUUGGCAAAUCUAUCUUUAUUUCCCUGCCAAUAUCACGUUUGCCAACUCUCCCAUAUUAUCCGGGAGUCUGCUUGAAACAAACCGAGUCUCCCGGUCUUCCGUACCUAACAUUUUUCAAAAAUCAUCAGGUUUCGUCUUAAAUCUUAUGGUUCUUGUUUUCAUUUUCUUGUCAAUUCGUUUUCUUGUCAAUUGCACUUUGCUUCUCCCUAAAAUCAAUUUUUUGAAUACUCCAGUAUCAACAUUUAUCCAACUCAGGGUUUCCUAAUCGACACGCUCGGACAUCUCUGACGAUUAAAACCAAAUAUGUGAAAUCCACAAAAAUUCCAACUUCUCCUAACUGUUCCAAAAACAACUCUUGGCUCGUAGUGUACUGGAUAAAAGUAAGACGCCACGCUCGUUAAAUAUAUACCGGUUUGAGUUAUACAUCGGCACCUACGUCGUAGGGAAGAGGCAGAAAAACUUUAAAAGACAACUUGAAUAACAAAGGAAAGGUAAUUAAGGAUAGAAAAAAUUACAACUUAUGUAUAAUUUCUUGGACACGCAACCACACGUCAUAAAAAAGAACUAACGAAAUAAAUUUUGAGUGCGUGAUCUCAAACCAGAGCUCACAGAUUUUGGACUUUUGGACAUACGUACAUGUAGUGUUGGGGGAUAUGAUAUUUAACGCCAUAUCUUCGUCUCAAAGUCCAUUCUCUGAUGUAUCCCAGAGUCCCUUAGUCUAAAUGUAACUCUAAACACAACAAGAGUGCCCAAAGUAAAUUUAACUCCUGAAUGCUUAACGUAAUUUAUCUACAUGGAUACAUGUGAUUCUCUAACAAUACCUCAUUCCCCACGAUAUGUGUUUUUAGUUUUGAGGCACAAACAUAAAAAUUACAGGAAUCAUUAAUAACCAUACAAAAUAUUGGUAAUCUUGCUCUUGAGGUUACUUGAGUGAACUGUUCUGCGCAUUACAGGUUACGCAGUGCAAUACAAGGAAUCAUAUUUCUCGUGGCUUCUUCCCGGUCCCGUGUUUUGGGUCCAAAGUACAAAAAGUCAUAUUAAAGUUCUUUUGAAGACAACGAUUCGACACAAUUCAGAAACUACGGGAGCUUCACAAUAUCUGGUGCUGUUCUUUGAUUCACACGGAUUUUUUGGCAAGAUUCGUGCUACCAUUUUCAACACGAAAUCACCGUCAGCUACCGUCAAUAUCAGCGCCUGUCAAGGCAAGAGGGAUUUUACUCUUCUUUUAUCUCGCUCGAUCUCUGGCCCUGUAUCGGGAAAGAGUUUUUGUAGUGCACCAAGAUCGUGCUGUUGAAUAAUGUGUGUAAACAUGUGUGUGGUUUAAUCACUUCGUUUUCCUUUAUAACAAAGCGCCUCGAAGAAUUUGACGCGAACUUCAAGAAUGCCUGUUCUUUUCGAAGAAGGCGAAGAGAAUUCACGGCCAUUCAACGGGCUCAGAAGAAUACAUAAUCAGUCUCAACAGCCGGGAAUUUUCCCGCCAAAUACCUUCUCUAUCACAAGCGAUUCAUGUGACUUUCUUUGUGCCCUUGGGUGACCUUGAAAUCAAAAUAAUACACACUUUUUGACUGGAUGGCCAGACAUAAACAAAAUAGAAGAGCCAAUCAAGGUAAGCGUACUAUAAUGUAAACAAACUGUAAAUACCAAAAUUCGUUUCAUUCACGUAUCUCACUCUUACUACGCGAGGUUUGACAUUUAAAUUUUUUCUAAAAAGAAAUUUCUUUCUGUACUUCUUCGAAUCUUCGUGAGGCAAGUUAAGAAUCAUUCCAAAGAAGUAUGCGACAUGGAUUUUUCACAAGCUUUGCGCUUGAUGAUUUCUUCCUAACUGUCACUUCGGUGGAGAUUUCUAACUCUUUGAAAAACCACGAUGCACUCAGAGAAAAUGGUGAGAAUUUUGUUGCGUCUUUCCUUAUGCAAAGAUGAGUUUUAAUUCCUUCGGAAAAUUUGGCCUGCAAUAACUCAGAAAACGCAGUAUUUUUAAUUCUAACGGCGACUUCCUUGUUUUCCCAAACAGGCGGGUAGCAGAGAAAGUUACUACGCAAUACCCCUGAGAUCUACACGCAGAGAUAAUUUGCCCUCUCAGUUUAAAAAGGUAAGAAAAUUCCUCAAGAAGUUUUGACUAUUAUUUGAUUUUCCGUCGUUAAACACCAUCAAACAGUUUUUCUGCGUGUGCCAUAUCCUAAUUUCGUCAACUUGGGUUUAUAAAAAGUGUAUUUUGUCGCCGAAUGUUACAAAAAAUGUGCUGCGUAAUCACUUCAAUUCGCAAAAAUGGGUUCCUCAGCCCUAACGGUUUUCUACAAUAGAAGAAUUCUACAUGGUUGUGACUGAUUUUUUUUAUCUUGAGGGAGUCUGUGGUAAACUUCACCCUGUUCAUAGAUAAUUUUUUAAAAGACCUUGGUACCCGACAAAGACGGUUUUAUAUAUUACAGGCUUAAAUCACAACUGUCGUUUGAGUUGUUUUAGGUACAUUUCGAUACGAAAUCGAAAUGAUUUUUCCUCGGCAAUUCACACAAUACCAGCUUGGAAAAUGCGACAUUCCCUAUCAGAGAUAAGUGAUCAAAACCGUAGGUUUGUUUCAUCAAAACGAUCGUGCCUAAAAUGGUUCAUGAAAAUAAAUAUUGCAUCAGCUUUGUUCGUAUUUAAAUAACGUCAUGUCAUUACCAAAACAAAAUUAAUAUUCAUUGUCUGAGUUUGGUAAAAUGGUAGAGUAUUCAAUAACGCACAUGCACCUGAGCAGAUAUGUUUAAACAUUUACAAUCAUUCCUGAUAAUUUUCUUUGGCAGUUAUUUGGGAUAAUAGUUGUGGUCUUCUAUCUUCUUCCCGUGGUUUCUGCAAAGGUUAGACUUUGUGGUAUUUAUAAUAUAUAUAUAUAUAUAUAUAUUACUAUCUUUGUAUCUAGAAUUUCAUGAACAUUAUUUAUUGUGUGUGUGGGCUGGCAAAAUUUUCUCUGCUCUUUGGUCAGCAAUCCCCGAAUAUAUUACAUAACAAAUUUAAAAUCAUGUCAUUAAGGCAGGAAUCUAACCACUAUACUUCUAGAUACACUAAAGUUUAUCAUUCUAAGCUAUAACAGAAAAUCGAUAGGAAAAGAACAAUUCUUCGUUUUAUCUUCAAUAUCUCCGCUAGUAUAAAAACAGAGCUUACUAAAACAUUCACUCUGGAAGGGAAAAAAUACAAUGAUAUAACUCCUUUGGAAAGAAAAUUGUCUUCAUUAAGCUUUUCAAUUUCGAAGUACAUUUAUUCGGUAAAUUCUGGCCAAAGAAACGUCAAAAUAAUUUGGAAAAACAAAUAACUCCGUAGACCACCGUCACUUUUCAAAUUUUUGGAAAAUUUAAAAUUUUUCCUUGUUUCACGAGGAAAUUAUGACCUCAAAACCCGAUGGAAAUUGGUCAUAUCAAGAAUAACAACAAGGUUGUCAAUGGUGGCGAGUGUUCACGUUACUGGCACCGCUUCUUCCGCUCCCUUUUACUCGAAAAAAUUACCAUAAUUUAAAUCAGUUGGGUUCCAAGCUCUCUUAAAAGACUAAGGACAUACUUCUCAUUAAAAGAAAAGUAAAUCCUUAACGUAAAAAUGGUGAUAUGAAAAGCAUCGAUUCCCAUAUGUUUACAUUUGUCAAAUAACGUAUUGCGAAGCCUCAUAAAAGAUGGUUUACCUCAAUUCUUUGUUUUCCAUUUCCAGCUACGAUUCCAAAUAACCUUUUCAAACAAUUGAAAACCCUUUUCGGUUGUUAUUAUUCUCCAAAACCAUCUUCAGAAGCUUUGAGAGUAGGGGAGUACGUCCGAUCGUGAUCCGCCAUAAUGAAAUGUUCCAAUAGCUGAUGUUAUGUAUUCAUGUACGCCUCAUUCAACUGUCCAAGCUCAAAAGAUAACGAUCUAUACGACAUAGCAAAUAAUAAUUCCUUGCUCUACAUUUGCAUUUGGGGGUUGGGGGAGACAAAGGUUCUAGAUAUAUUUUAUCUCCUACGUAAUAAGUAUACCUUUGGCCGAGGAGUAAUUAAGCAUUGAUUCACUGGAAUAUUACACAGCUUGAAGAUUGUCAGGAUAACUGGUAGAACAGGCAGAAAAUAUGAUCACUUCUCGAUUCAAUUGCGUGGUGCCUCAUGCACCUUGAAAUAAAGAAAAAUGAUACCUGUUCUGCAAAAGUGUCAUUAUGCAAAACAGACAUACAGAACCGGAUAUUUGCUUUAAGGCAGUUUGUAGAUGACAGUUAAAUGACAGUUGAGUGUGGCCUACAUCACCAGUGAAGUGGACCAUUUUUGAUUUAACUCUGAAGGAUGAAGCUCUUCCGCUUUCGAAGCUUUCAAAGCCGUACCGUUAAUAUAAGAAACUAUGUUGAUUCAUUCGCAGAAUCAUACACAGGAAAUUUCCAUUUAACCCCCUGCACUUCGUGUUAUUAUUAUUACAGUUAUUUGAUCAAGAAAAUAAUGACGAAACAAUAGCUAAAAUUUUGACUAAGGCUUUCCUUAACAAUAACAUGGAAUUAUGCGGGAAUUCCUUUCCUCAUACUCUCAGUGAGUAUGUAUGUAUGUACUCUCAGUCAAUAAAUGUGAAACUUUAUUCUUAUUUCUUUUAUUUUUCUAGCCGACGCCAGGUCAGCAAAGUCCUUGCGAACCAACCCAACACUGGGUUGAAGACGAAGAUGGGUCACACCAGUGUAUAAAUUGUGGAACUUGCCCGCCGGGGCAAGGUCUCUCAAUAGAGUGUGGCAGUUCUAAACUGUUACCUUUUAAAACCAUGGUGGUCUGUGUGCCAUGUAUCGCAGGAGAUUCAUUUUCCAGACAUAAAGAUUCUUCCAAAUGCAUUCCUUGUGCAUCCUGCUCCAAAGGUCAGGUUGUGGAACAAAGCUGCUUGCCAGAGUGGGAUAUUAAGUGCACAAAUAAAUGCUCCAGCAAGGAAAGGUACAAAUAUUAAAACAAUUAUACAUAGGUUGUUCCAUAGAAUGAUUAUUUUAAGUGUUAUAACUGUGAAAUGAACAUCUAUCAGCUUUUGCUGAUAAUCUUGUUUAAGCAAAGUGUUUAGUUUAAUGCUGAGAUAGGAGUAGACUUUGGGGAAUAUUGAAGAAGAUCUGAAGAUCUUUAUGUAGUCGGCAUGCGAGUGAUGAUGUUGAAUUCCUUAUUAUUUUACUGGUUAGGUAUUAUAAUGUGGACAUGGGAGACUGUCUCAAGUGCUCAAGAUGCUGUGGCGAUGAUAGAGAUGUGAUGGUAAAUGAGUGCAAAGAGAAGUUGGGAGACGGCUCAAACAUGAUUUGUUCAUUUGACAGCAGUGUCAACCGCUGUGACCAAACAACACCUCAACUAACACCCACCAUCAGCCAUGUUGACCCCAAACAUGAUGGUCCUUAUACCACUCAAAAAAGUAAUCAUUCCAUUCAAGCUAAGGAUCAGGACUAUUUGGCAGCAAUCGUUAUUACAGUGGUGAUAAUAGUUGUUUUGGCUUUUUGCCUUUGUUGGUGCUUUUUUAAGAGGAGACUGACGCAGAUGUUUAUUUGCUGUAAUACUACUGUUGAGAAGGAAGACCAUCACAGUUCAUCAGCGAUGGAGGGAAAGUUAACUUCUAACCAUAAAGAACAAUCUGGUAAGAAUGCGAAGCUUUAUUCUGAAUUCGCACUGAUAAUAUUUAGUUUUGAAAUAUUGAGCUUUCUUAAGCUCAAGAACAGAAUUGAUAGAAGAGGAUCGUGACUGAGACGUACCAAAUUGCAGAAACACUUUUAAUGUGUCAGAAUCGCUUAAGAAUCAUUUGCCUUAUCGUGUCAACCCAACUACCCUUAAAGGGACCCAAAACAAAGAUUUCUGCUUUUGAUUAUUGACUUCCAUGCAAUAUCUAAGCUUUGCUAUACCCUUACUGGUGGUUUUACGCAAUGGACCUGCACUUUAUCAAAUCUAUAACAUUCUGAAGAGAUAUGGACUGAGGUAGAACUCCUUCAGGGUUGGUUUCUUUGCGCUAUGCUGGUAUAUAUUAAUUACUAGAUGCAAUGAUUAAAUCCUUUUCGAUUUUUCUUAUAGACGACUCAUGCGGGAACGUAAGGGAAACUGACUCAUCGAAUAAGCUUGGAAAAGCUUUGACAGACUCGGAGGAACCCUUGCUGUGUUCAGAGGAGGUAAAUAAAAAAUAAUUAUUGUUUUACUCGUAAUUUAUAGACAUUAUAAGGUAAACUUUAUUACUGGUAAAUUAAGGAUAUGUCGCAAGGUUGGGUUGUUAUUUACAAUGAUCAUUCCCGGUUGAUGUUGUAGUUUAGGAACCUUACAUAAAUCCGUCAAAUCAUCGCGUAAGUCCAAAACGCAUUGAACAUUGCUGUGAUACAUAGAUUUUGUCAGAAAUCAAAGCAUAAUUAAAGUAUUACCAAAGAUAGAUAAAUUGAUGUUAAAACUGAGUCAAGGUAAGUUUCAAUAUGCACCUUAAAUAAUCCAAUUUUCAGAGUAAUCCAAGACAUGCCUGAAAAAGAGUUAAAAAAAUCUGUCUUGCACACUAGUGGCACACUUCGAUGUCCUAUCUGAAUGAAAUUAUAUUUACAAAUACUUAAUAGUCAAAGUUUUUGUUUCUUUAUUGCCUUAGGGUGUUCUGGAAAACUUGGACGACGCUCAAACCAGUAAAACAAAAGGUGUGAUUGACGUUCAGUUUUGUUCGCAAUUUAUACUAACCCUCAAUUGUGUUUUGGAUAACUGGAAUAUCUCUUGACUAUCACCAUACCAUCAUAUAACACAAGCCAUCGAAGCCAUCAGGGAUAAGGCAGUCUUAUCCUAAGCUAUUUCUUUGAAUUAUAGGUCCGAGUUUUCUCAUCUUUGUGAUUUGUAGGAGCUAAUAGUUUGAAAUAAUUAAAAGUUUGGACAAAGUAAAACCCAGAGGACGAGAGAAAUUCCUUUAAACCUUUCUAUUUUUGUUAGAGUGUCAUUUAUUUAUUCUCGAGUUCAAAAUGAAACUGUUAGAUUGAGAAGUAAAUCUAAAAGGAUGAUUUUUUAAGGGGGGGAAAGCCAAAAAGAUAAAUCCAGUUAUUAGAGAUAUACUGCUAUCGUGGUGGUUAUAAUAUUUUCUCUGUUUGCUUGUCUCUCGUCGGUUUAGAUUCGAAGCUACUUAGCAGCUUAGUGGAGGGUGAGUCUUACCAGUACUUAAAGAAAGUCUGUGUGCGUUUGGACACAACCAUGCCAGGCGUUGGUGACUAUCGUGAUGUCUGUUUUCACUACGGCAUUAAUCAUUAUGAGAUUGCCUCAGUGUAUGAGAAACACAGCGAUGGGCCAUCCAGAGCUCUAAUCGGUCACUUGGCAGCUACACAUGUACAGCUAACAGUAGCUGACUUUGUGGGUGUGGUAAGGAAUGUAGCAGAGAGAGAUGAUGUUGCUAAAGUUCUAGAGGAAUAUGAUUCGCAGAAGGAAUGAGUGACAAGGGUUUUUUUUGGAGAAACUUACUCCCGUUAUUUUAGGUAGUUGCACGUAUUUUGUUAAAUCGUUUCAUCUUGUUAAAUUUUUUAGGGGUUAGGUUAUAAUCGGCAUGACAUAAGUUUCAUCCAUGGGUUGCUAAAAAUUUGAAUACGAGAGCUGUCUACAUUUUAUAAACGCAAGCUCCAAAUGCAAAAGUUCCAGUAAAAAAACUGUUAAGAACCAUAAAAUCAUUUUGGUUGGAUAAUUUUCAUAAUUUAUAUUUCAAGAAACAUGUUAAUUGUUAUUUAAUAUUUUGUUGUAUUUUGUUAAACCAAAAAUAUAUAUUUUUAAAUUUUUGUUUGUAUUAUUGGAAAUACUUCGUCAAAUAUCUCAAACUUUGAGAUUUUUGUUUAGUCCUUUUUUAUUGUUGUGCAAUAUUUAAGUAUGUAUUUGUUCAUGAAUCAAUUGUUAAUCCAAGUUAAAAAGGCAAGGAGAGCUCAAACCUUUACUAUAGAUAAUGUGUUUGGCUUUAAUUUAAACUUUUAAGUUAUGAUUAGUUUUUUCCAUUUCUAGGUGGUAACGUUUUCUUUUUAAAUUUUAAAAGAGAAUUUGCAGCAAAAUUUUUAAUUACUCCUCCUUAAGUUGUAUUUUUCGAAAAUUUUAAUAAACUACUAAUUGUGUGCUAAUUAGGAAAAGC